UCCUCUCCGCAGCCCCCCGGGAUGCGGUAGCGGCCGCCGAGCGGAGGCCGCCGAGCAGCUGCAGCCGCCGCCGCGCAGACCCGCGCUGGCUCCGUGCGCCAUGGUCACCCACAGCAAGUUUCCCGCCGCCGGGAUGAGCCGCCCUCUGGACACCAGCCUGCGCCUCAAGACCUUCAGCUCCAAGAGCGAGUACCAGCUGGUGGUGAACGCGGUGCGCAAGCUGCAGGAGAGCGGCUUCUACUGGAGCGCGGUGACCGGCGGCGAGGCCAACCUGCUGCUCAGCGCCGAGCCGGCCGGCACCUUCCUCAUCCGCGACAGCUCGGACCAGCGCCACUUCUUCACGCUCAGCGUCAAGACCCAGUCGGGGACCAAGAACCUGCGCAUCCAGUGCGAGGGCGGCAGCUUCUCGCUGCAGAGCGACCCCCGGAGCACGCAGCCCGUGCCCCGCUUCGACUGCGUGCUCAAGCUGGUGCAUCACUACAUGCCGCCCCCCGGCGCGCCCCCCUGCCCCGCGCCCCCCGCCGAACCCGCCUCCGAGGUGCCCGAGCAGCCGCCCCCGGGCGGCGCGCCCCGGAGGGCCUAUUACAUCUACUCGGGGGGCGAGAAGAUCCCCCUGGUCCUGAGCCGGCCGCUCUCCUCCAACGUGGCCACCCUCCAGCAUCUCUGUCGGAAGACGGUCAACGGCCACCUGGACUCCUACGGGAAGGUCACGCAGCUGCCCGGGCCCAUCCGGGAGUUCCUGGACCAGUACGACGCCCCGCUCUGAGGCCGGGCCGGGCCGGGCGGGGAGGGCCCGGCUCUCCUGCCCUCGAGGCACAAGGCGCAGCACAAGAGCCGCGGGGAGAGCCCUGCAGCGGGGGA